CGGCUCAGCUCAGCCUCCCCCUUUGCCCCGCUCUUCCCCCUCCGUCUCCCGCCGGGCUGCGGGUGCCCGAGCGGAGCGGGAGGAGCCUCAGGGAGGCCGCGGCGGGGCGGACAAGAUGGAGGUAAAAGAUGCAAAUGCUGCCUUGCUGAGUAACUUUGAGGUGUUCCAGUUACUCACUGAUCUCAAGCAGCAGCGCAAAGAGAGUGGGAAAAACAAGCAGAGCUCUGGCCAGCAGAAUCUGAACACAAUCAUGUAUGAGACACUGAAGUACAUUUCAAAAACACCCUGUAGGUACCAGAGCCCCGAGACUGUGAGAGAAUUCCUCAUUGCAAUGAAAGGCCAUAAGCUGACCAAGGCAGAAAAGCUCCAGCUGCUGAACCACAGGCCUGUGACAGCAGUUGAAAUUCAGCUGAUGGUAGAAGAAAGCGAGGAAAGGCUCACAGAGGAGCAGAUCGAGUCUCUUCUCCAGACAGUCACGAGUAUUCUUCCAGGGGAUCCAGAAGAACAACAGAGAGACUCAGCAAUGGCAGUGGAAGACAAAGACCUUAAUUUAUUUCGGAGGAUUCCCAUGGCACGUGAACUAGAAGAUAACUCAGACUAGGUGGUCUCCUUCCUUUGAAGUGACACGGUCUUUAACCAAAAAUGGUAGGAAAACUCAAACAGAACUUGCUGCUGGCGUGCCUGGUGAUCAGCUCGGUGACAGUGUUCUACCUGGGCCAGCACGCCAUGGAAUGUCACCACCGGAUCGAGGAGCGCGGCCCGCCCGGGAGGGCGGAGAGCGUGAGGAGCACGGCGAGAACCGCUCCCGGUGGCAACGCCAACAAAACCUUUGCCUACAACAAGGACAUGCCUCUGAUAUUCAUCGGGGGAGUCCCUCGCAGCGGCACCACCCUGAUGAGGGCCAUGCUGGACGCCCACCCGGACGUUCGCUGCGGGGAGGAGACGAGGGUGAUCCCGCGGAUCCUGGCGGUGAAGCAGAUGUGGGCGAGGUCGAGCAAGGAGAAGAUCCGGCUGGAUGAAGCCGGAGUCACGGACGAGGUUCUGGACUCGGCCAUGCAGGCGUUCCUGUUGGAAAUCAUCGUCAAACACGGCGAGCCCGCGCCCUACUUGUGCAACAAAGAUCCUUUUGCUUUAAAAUCCUUAACUUAUCUUGCUAGGAUUUUCCCCAAUGCCAAAUUUCUUCUAAUGGUACGGGAUGGCCGCGCGUCAGUGCAUUCCAUGAUAUCUAGGAAAGUCACAAUAGCUGGAUUUGACCUGAACAGCUACAGGGACUGCUUGACCAAGUGGAACCGUGCUAUAGAAACCAUGUACAACCAGUGCAUGGAGGUUGGGUUUGAAAGGUGUAUGCUGGUGCACUAUGAGCAACUUGUGUUGCAUCCUGAAAGGUGGAUGAGAACUCUCCUGAAGUUUCUCCGCAUCCCGUGGAACCAAGCAGUGCUGCACCAUGAAGAGAUGAUUGGAAAAGCAGGGGGUGUUUCUCUCUCAAAGGUUGAAAGAUCCACUGACCAAGUCAUCAAGCCAGUCAACGUGGAAGCACUGUCCAAGUGGGUUGGGAAGAUCCCUGCUGAUGUUCUGCAAGACAUGCCUGUGAUUGCCCCCAUGCUGGCCAAGCUGGGCUAUGAUCCAUAUGCCAAUCCACCAAACUAUGGAAAACCAGAUCAAAAAGUUGUGGAAAACACAAGGAGGGUCUAUAAAGGUGAAUUUCAGCUUCCUGACUUCCUUAAAGAAGUGCCACAGACUGAACCUAUGGAAUAGAAGAUAAAAUGGACAUUUCUUGCACAGAAGAAAAUCGACUGCUGCCUUUUCCGUGGGAAUGAUCCAUCCAGCCUGUCCCCCCAGGAUCAGUGGGGUGUGCUGCUCAUGGCCUGCUUCCUUCAGAAUUUUCUCUCCCGUUUCCUUCAUACUGUUUUUGUUCAAAAUUUUGCUGUUGUGAGCGCAUGUAAACCUGUUAAAGAAAAUAAAAAACACUGAUGUUAACGUAGAACUGUAUUACAUUCGCACAACUAUUUUUUUAAGGUUUUAAAAAAAUGCAAAGCAAUGCCUGUCUCUGAAAUUGCUCUUCUGUCUUAAUUACAAAGCUCCAUCUUCAAAGAUUUUUUUUUUUGUUUCUUGUAGCAGUUUGGUUUUAAAUGUGUGAAGCUUUCAAGAGUGGUCUGUGCUUGUCCUAAAAGAUUUCUGGUGGAACAGUUGUCUGUUUUAUUCAUAUGUGGAAAUUGUUAAAUAUCUUUUAUUUAAAAAAAAAAGUUGAUAAAUUACAUGUAUAAUUACAAUUCAAUGAUCUUUUGUAUUUUAUUUUUCAAAAUAAAUGCUUUAAAUGUGA